AUGUCUAGGAGGAAAGUGCGGAAUCAACGCCCCGCCGAGAGCGAGGAGGACUCCGAUAUUGACAACCUGUUAGCCGCUCUGACACCCGCCGAGGUGGAAGAGCUGAAGAGCGAACUGACCGUUAUUGACCCGGAUCCAACUGUGCCAGUCGGGCUCCGGCAGAAGAACCAGACAGACAAGCAGCCGUCAAUAAAAUACAAUAGGGGGGCGAUGCUUGACUACUGUGAGCGCGAAACCAAGAAACUAAUUCAAAGGGAGCUGUCCUUUGAGGUAUGAUGACACUGUUUCUGCCAAUGUCAUUGUUAACUGUGCAUAAAGGGCAGUUUCUAACCAAGAAAAAAAUGCGGUAGGAGUUUCUUGCUGGUUGAACCCUGAAGUGGUGUUAUUACAGUAGGAAUAGUGUAGCCUAGAUGUAGCUGUCAAUCGAGUACUUCAAGUGCCAAUUUGACCGUUUAUUCAAGUGCCCAGACAUGGUGCAGUGAUUUCAGGAUUCAACACCAGGGAUGAUGGGGGUUAUCAGGCAGAUGAAUAUACUAUUGUGGGCAAUGUUUCACCCACUAACUUAAAAUAUAACUGCUGUCUCUUCUGGAAAUAAAUAAAUAGUCAUUGUAUGGAGUUUGACAGAAAGUGGGGAUACAGACAGAUGUAUGAUCAUGUACAAGCUGUAAUGAUCAGGGUGUUAACCUAUAUAGGUUGUUCUUUCAUGAAAGUAAAUAUGAGUUGAUAUCACACAGGGCUCAGAUCUUGACUAUGACAAUACCACUAUUUCAUAGAGUUUAUUUGUUCAGAUGCCACAGUGAUAUAUCCUAAUGAUAAUAAAGAGAAGCUUAGACACUGAGUUUAUCUGUUAAUGUAUGUUGGCACUCAGCUGUUGGAUAUAGGCUCCAACAGCUGGCAAGUAAGGAAACAUGAGCCAUGUUGAAACAGCCGUGUAUAGAGACUCUAAUGAGAUGUCUUGUUGUUUGAAACGGAUCCAGAGCAGAGGUACGGAAGACCCCGUUUGAACAGGCAAGAUCAUCACUGAAGAGUUGCUAAGCAGUGCCAUUUUUAUUAUAAACAAAUGAGCCCCUGGAGCCCUGAAUAAAAAAGGCACUACAUCAUCUUGAGAAUAGUUUUUCAAUACACAAACAAGACUAGGAGAAGUGUUAUCAUUACUUGGCAACAAGUAAUGUGAUGCAGGUGUUAUGUGAUAAAUGAAUAACAUACCAUGGUUGGAUUUUGAGUCAGAGUGUGUAUUUGAGGGAAUACAAUUAUGUUGAGUGCAUGUAAUUGAUUUUACAUUGAAUCUAAAUGCAUUUCAUUGACAAAUAUAUUGACCACUAUACCAUACCAUGUAUAAAUAGCAGGAUAUGUGAUUCUAACUGUAUUCAAAUGUUAACUAGACUAGUACAUAAUUGGUUAUUAAUACUAAAUGAUCCUUCCUGCAAAGCUGUACAUGGCCAUCUGUUGGGUGUUUGGUGUAGACAUUCUGUAUGUUGUUUUCACAAAGCCCCUUGAGAUCUGGUUUUGGUGAAAAGGGUAAGAGACAGGCUCAUAGAAUAAUGAGUCUUGCUAAUGCUGGCAUGCUGGUUCCAGUUCUAAGACAAAUGAAAUUCCAGAGCAGAACGCUCCUCUCGCUCUGACCCAUACUGCCUUUUAAGGAAACAUCUGCCAGAGUUACUUACACAGUGGCUUGCAGAUCCCUACAGACGCUUCAGCCUGUAAGGGAUGCAAAAACCCUGAUUGCUAUAUGCAAGAUAUACAAUUUUACCAAACAAACAGAGGGUGCUCGUAGAGGCAAUGUUCCAUCGGUUUUACGUAGGCUGUAACAGACAUAAACAUUCCAGAUGCAUUCUGAAAAUAUUUCCAAACUGACAAAAACAUACAUACAGUACAUGUUACAUUGUUUAUUAAAUAAUUAAUCUAAUACUGCACUUCAUACUCCCACAUGAAAAAAUACUACAGUUUACUAUAGAAUACUACAGCACUGUAGUAAACUGUAGUAUACUGUAGAAUACUAGACUACACACUAGUGAUUCAGAGGGGUUGGGUUAAAUGCGGAAGACACAUUUCAGUUGAAUGCAUUCAGUUGUACAACUGACUAGGUAUCCCCCUUUCCCUUUCCUUCCCUCGAUUGUGAAUUUUUUACUAUAACAUUUGUAGUAUACUACAGAAUACUAUACUACACACUGUAGUAUCCCUCGAUCAUUUGUAGUGCGUACAAUAGAAUGUUGUAAAUACUACAGUAUUAUCCGCAAAAAAACACUGUACUCAAUACUACAGUAAUGUCCACAAAAACACUACACUUUUUAAACUAUAGUAAAUACUUCAGUAUUUAAUUAGCAUAUACCCAUUCCCCUCCCCCAUAUUGCAAUUUGUUCCACCCAUAAGUGGCAAAAUCUAUAUGCCAAGUAUAGACUAUAAAUUGUGUCCCUACAGGUUAUAGAAAAGAGCAGAAGCUCUAACUAUCUGUUCAGACCCCAGUCCUACCUACAGAUUAUGGAAAAGUAUUUAUCCAGUAGGUCUCCUGAAGUACAAAGCUUCCACUUCUAUGUCAAAGAUAAUAAAACAAAAACACUAUAGUAAAUACUACAGUAAUGUCCACAAAAAACACUACAGUAAAUACUACAGUAUAGUACAGUCUGCAAAACACUACAGUAAAUGCUACUGUGUACUACAAUCCACAAAAACGCUACAUUAAUUACUAUAGUAUAUACUACAGUUAUUUUACAACAGUAUUUAUACUAAAGUUAACUGUAAAUACUACAGUAAAUACUACAGUAUUCAAAAGUGUUUUUGCAGGCUUAAGUCUGUGAAUACUACAGUAAAGUCCGCAAAAACACUACAGUGAAUACUAUACUAUUUAUACCAUAGUAUACUAUAGUAUUUUUUCAUGUGGGCUUGUAUGAUAAAUGCAACUAUCUUUUCUUAUGUUCCUCAUACUGAAGGAGCCAACAACUGACAGAGUGAAACGGGAACGCCUGAAGAAGAUGGGGAAGAGCUGUGAUAGUUUCUUCUACUUCAAGUCAGAUGACCAGGAUGACCAGGAUGUCAUGGACCUAAACUUCUCUGCUGUGGAGACCCCUAAGGAGGACAUAUCCAAGGACAAAGAGGAAAAACCUCAGAGCAAAAACUUGAAGGGUGAGGGAGGGAGUGGAGAGGGUAAUAAGGAAAGACCACAUAGUAGGUCAGGAGGAGAUGAGGACAAAGACCAUGAAAAAAAGGAAGAUACGAUUGUUGAAAAAAGCAGUGAAGUACAGGUUGAAGAAAAGGAGAAAAAGGAGGAGUGCAUAAAAAAAGAGAAGGGUAGCAACAAAACACUUGACCUUAUCUCAAAAUUGCAAACAAAAAAAGAGGAUACAAAAGAAAAGGAGAAAAAAGAUAUCAGAAAAAAGACAGACUCUAAAACCAAGGGUCUGAUUUCAAAGCUUCAAGGGCAAGCUGAGAAAGACGAUACUAAGGAGAAAGAGAAGAAAGAGAAACCUCCACAAAUGAAGGAUAGCAAGAUAAGAGGAAUGUUCUCUAAAGUAGAGGAAAAACAGAAAGAACUCAGAGGUAUUGAGAUUAAGGAAAAGAGGAAUAAUGAGAAGGACAAAGAGAGCGAAAACACCAAAUCACACAGGAAACCAAGUAGAGUCCAGGAUGAGACACAGAGAGACAGUCAAAAGAAGACAGAAAGGACUCCUAAUAAAUACAGUAAAGCCAGCAAUGUAAACCUAGAGAACAGUAGUAGGGAAGAACGCUCGGCUGGUGAAGUCAUGGAGGGAGACGAGGAGGACGAGGAGGCCAGCAUGUUUGAUGAGCUCCUUGAGCAUGUCAGAAAAGACGACCCUUUAAUGACUGAGCUCAAUGUCAACAACUCAGACGUCAUCAAGAACCACACCCUCAUCCAGUUUGCAGAGGCACUACAACACAACACACAUGUCAAGACGUUUGCUUUAGCCAACACCCGAGCUGACGACCACGUGGCUUAUGCCAUUGCUGGCACUCUGCGGAACAACACGUCUCUGACUAACGUCAUCCUUGACUCCAACCACCUCACUGGCAAGGGAAUUUUGGCCGUGGUACACGCCUUAGAUAAAAAUUUUACAGUCACUGAACUGCGCUUCCACAACCAGCGACACAUCUGUGGAGGCAAGACAGAGAUGGAAAUGGCCAAUGCAUUGAGAAACAACACCAGGUUGCUGAAGCUGGGCUACGUCUUUGAGCUGGCCGGCCCAAGAAUGACCAUGACCAACAUCCUGAGUCGGAACAUGGACCUGCAGCGGCAACGUCGACUGGAGGAGAAGAAACAGGCACAGCAGCAAGCCCAGCCAUCCCAGCAGCCUCAGCCAUUCCAGCCAUCACGUCAGACACCACAACCACAGACCAACACAAAAAAGAACACAUUGCCUUUGGGGAAGUUUUCUCGUGAACCUUCAACUCAACCCCAACCCAAGUCUGUUGGUGAGACUAACAGGACAGGAAACCUCCUGAAAACAUCCCCCUUUUUGUCCCCCCCUAAUCCCUCACCUGAACCGUUCCACAAUGUGAGCCCCAAAGCUGGGGACAAAGCGAGCCCCAAGGCUGUGGGUAAGCUAAACCCUAAGGCUUGGGGUGGUAGGUCUGGACCAGGGUCUACAACACCUCCACCUAAGGCUGGGGAUGGUGUAUCUGGUCCUGGGUCUACACCACCUCCACCUCAGGCUCUUAAGGCUGGCCGAUCUGGACCAGCACCACCACCUCCUCCCCCUGCCCCAGUGUUAGAAGGCCUAAGGAAAGCCCUCAUGCCUGCCUCACAGAGGAAACUCAACAGGCAGACUUCACGCCAUGGAGAGAGGAACACUAGGGACCAGUUGCUGGACUCCAUUCGCAACAGCACAAUGAAAGCUCUAAAAAAG